AUGGGACCCAUGAGCACGGAGGAGAAGAUCAUGGCCGGCACGCUGCUGCUUACGGUUGGUCUUUGGAUCUUUGGAGGAAUGUUGAGUGUGGAUGCAGUGUCUGCAGCAAUUCUUGGCCUAGGGGUCCUCCUAAUCACAGGGGUUGUCACAUGGAAAGAGUGUUUGGCAGAGUCUGUGGCGUGGGAUACGCUUACAUGGUUUGCAGCACUUAUAGCAAUGGCUGGCUACCUCAACAAAUACGGGUUCAUCUCUUGGUUCAGUGAGACUGUUGUGAAGGACAGCGAUGCAAUCAACAGGUCUGCAACGCUGGCCUCCUCGAGCUCCCAUCCUACCCUCCUUACCAGCUCUGCCUUGGACGCGCUCAAGAUGUUGGCAACCUUGAGGAGAUUGACCAGGAAACCGCAUAGGAGAUGA